GUAGGUGGGAGGGUGUCCGGUGGCUGUCAGCGACGGCAGCGGGGGCAAGGGUUGCAGUCGUGCCGGGCACGCGGGCGGGGGUAGGAGGGGUGCAACGAACCCUCUCGCCUCGGCUCGAGUCUACGGAGCACGGAGUUGUGUUCGAAUCAUGGCGACACCCGACCCCGUAGACCCAGCCACCCUAGAGAUUAAGACCCGUAGCAUAGAACAGACACUACUCCCACUAGUGAAACAGAUUUCCACAUUAAUCUCACACAGAGAACGACCGCUAUGCUCGGACCGAAGUCUACGAGCGGUCGCCAGGGUCGGCCAGGCGGUAAAUUUGGCGGUCGAGAGAUUCGUGACCGUCGGCGAAACUAUCGCGGACGACAACCCAGAGAUCAAACAAGACAUGUACGAGGCGUGCAAAGAGGCGAGAGUUGCGGGUUCAGCAAUCGAGAAAUUAUGCGAAUGUGCCUUGGAAGACAGCUUGGCUGACCGAGGUUCCGUCGUAAGAGCUGCCAGAUGUCUCCUAGGUUCAGUGACGAAAGUCCUCCUCCUAGCAGACAUCGUCGUGGUCAAUCAAUUGCUUCACGCCAAGGAUAAGGUCGCCCGCAGUCUCGGGCGCCUCGAAAGUGUCUCGAAUUUCACGGAAUUCGUCAAGGCGUUCAGCCAAUUUGGAGGAGAAAUGGUUGAGUUGGCGCAUUUAACGGGUGAUCGUCAGAAUGAUCUCAAAGAUGAGAGGCGACGCGCGCAGAUGGCAGCGGCUCGACAAGUUCUAGAGAGGAGCACUAUGAUGCUGCUCACGUCCAGCAAAACAUGUCUAAGGCAUCCCGAGUGUCCAUCCGCCAAAGAGAACAGAGACACCGUUUUUUGCCAAAUGAGAAGGGCGAUGGAUCUGAUACAUUACGUUGUCAAGGACGGGGUAUUAGACUGCAGCGAAUCUCAGUCCUACUCGAAUUCACAGAGUCCGCAGCAGGAAGACUGGGAUAGCAGUACCGUUUGCUCAGCUUUGAAACACUUCGAAAGGCUCGUUGAAACAACGAGGAUGACCCUGCUGGGACCUGGCUGUCGCGAAACACUUACAUCGGCGCUCGAAACGGUGGUUGAGAGGACACAAGACUUCACCGACAGCGCCUAUACGAGUCACGAGCACAGAGAAAAUAUUCUCCUGCUUUGCGAUCGCGCAAAACUCGAGCUCAAUACACUUUUGCGGAUCGGCAAUAGUAUGAAUUAUGAGGGCGGCGGGGGUUCACCUAGCUCGGAAAUGGAACAAGCGGUGAUGGGUGUGUUACGGGCAACUAGAGACCUUCGACAGCAACUCAGCUCAACGACGAUGGAACAAGCUGGCGAUCUUGGCCAAGUGACAAAAGCCGGCCAGGAACUCGUGUCAACGAUCAGAAAUCUCGCGCUGGCCAAUGACAUCGACCGUCUGCAGGAGAGCAACGACAGGUUCCACGAGUAUAUCGAACACAUUCUCGAAGUAUGCAAACUCCUGAGACACGUUGCACUUUCGGAAUCGUUGCAAGUGUCGGCCAAGUUCACGGAGAUCAACUUAAGAAUAUAUGGUCCUCAGGUCGUAACGGCCGCGCAUACACUAGCUAGGCAUCCCACCAGUAAGAUAGCCAAGGAAAAUCUCGAAGUAUUUGCUGACAUGUGGCAGUGGCUCAUGACUGACGUGACGACAGUAGCGAAAGAUGUUUUGGAACUCAGUCAAAACCGGCCAGAAAAGCAGGUUUACAUGUCUUUGCCGCGGCCAGGGAAACAUGGCACGACGAGCAAGCCAUUAAAACCAGUACGGUUAGACAGCGAGGAGCAGGCGAAAAUUGCUAAGGCAGGUCUCGAGAUGAAAUUGAUCACCUCGGAAAUGGAUGCCGAGACGGAAAAGUGGCAGGAGAGCGGAAGCGCUCUAGAGGAGAACAAUGACAUUGUGAAGCGGGCGAAGAACAUGUCGUCGAUGGCAUUCUCAAUGUACCAAUUCACGCGAGGGGAAGGCGCCUUGAAGACCACCCAGGAUCUAUUCACCCAAGCUGAGUAUUUCGCCGAAGAGGCAAACAGAUUGUACAAGGUUGUGAGACAAUUCAGUUAUCAGGUACCAGGUGGGCCGCACAAGAAGGAACUCUUGGAAAAUCUGGAUCGAGUGCCGACUUACGUUCAGCAACUGCAAUUCACCGUGAAGAAUCCUACCGUUGGCAAGGCUGCCACUUUCACCAAGGUCGAUAAUGUUAUACAAGAAACGAAAAAUCUUAUGAAUGUGAUCUCGAAGGUGGUCACAACGUGUUUCGUCUGCGCCACAAAGUACAACCUGGAUUUCCGAGGUCUGUCGGCGCGCGGGGCCGGCGGUUCGCCGUACAGGGGCGGAGAGGGCGGGGGAGCUGACGGCGACGGUGGCGGAGUUGGCGCCGACGGCAGCAAGACGGGCUCCGCCCCCGGCAGCGACCCGUCCGUCUGACAGUUUGGGAUGGCCCGACGGGCCAAGGGGGACGCUCGCCGCACCCGGGUUUCCUUUCUGCUUUUCUAGGGAGAACCUCACCUGCCCCACCGACCAUCAAAGCGACGUACACGUCGACCGGAUGUCGCGGAAUUGCCGUCAACAACUGUUGGCAAGUACCGCGACGAUCGUGCGUUGGGAUACGGUAUUCGGAGGUGCCUCGCCUGGCCGGAAUACGUUCGCCGCCCUUAUCGGCGACGGUGGCAACGUAUUCCGCGUAAUAACGGUAUUGGGAAUCUGUGUGUGAGGAAAGCGUUCCUCUGGACGCCCCGAUGAUUUGGUAUAUGAAAGGAGAAUGGUUUCAAUUUAACGCCUUCGCGAUUUAAAAUGAGAACGAUCGCGAAAGUGUUGAUUGUGUAAAAAAAUCCUGGUUGAAAUGUUAGGAUUGACCCAGUCUGGAGAUACUCUCACAUUUCGACCAGAGAUAGCAGUUAUUGAUAAACAGUAUUGAUAAACGCGAUUUAUGAAAAGGGUAUAUAUAUACUUAAAAUAUUGCAACGAUUUGAUGUGCUUUGGACAAUCGUUAAAAGUGUAACGAAAAUGCUUGGUCGACGUGUACGUUUCAUCAGUUUAGUUGGAUACUUCUAAUUAACAAUCAGAAACAGAUUUACACGUUUCUGCUGUUAGCGAGCAGGUCUCAGACGUACGUGUUUAUUCGAAAACAAAUGAGCUUGGAAGUACUUAUUUAUACGGUCGAGUUCCGCCGCGCGUGGCGAUCGAGGCGUGGGAAAGCGGAAAAUCGAGCCGAGUAUGUGGUAUAACGUGGAAUUGAGCGCGAAAGUGGCGGAUGAAAUGUGCGCCACAUGCAGUUUGCAAAUUGUUCCUUGAUUCGAUUACGCAAUCCACGCUUUGAUCGUUGGCAAUACCAGUGAAAAUGUCGCUAAAAAUAUCAAAAAAGUAAAGGCUGCUCGCGAGCACUACAAUUUAUUUUUACAUCCUAGUGUAAUUCAAAUACGUUUUCACGUUUCAGCAAUAAAAUUUCUCAAAAUGAAGUUACAGUGAACAACGCGGCGUCGCAUUUCACUGCUGUUGCAUUAAUAGCAACCUCACUUUCCUGUUAUUUCUACGUAGAACAAAAACUUUUAAUAGACGUUCAUUAGACAUCUGUCACAAGAAACUUCCAUCAGAUGUCCAUUGGACUUUCAAGCGACGUUCGCUAGAACAGCCACAGUUCUGCAUUGCAUACGUUCUGCAUUGGAUCUCCAAACGUAUUCAUACAUGUCUAUUAGAUCAUUUAUAUGGAUUAAUUAUAAAUAUUUCAUAGAGCUUCGAUGAAUGACUAAUAGACGUUAACUGAGAGUUAAUAGUCUUUUUAUGGAUGUUCUAACUAUACAUGUCAAAAUAAUAUGUUAUUUACUCUCAUCUUGGAGCCUAAAUUUUAAGGGCCCACUUUUAUUUACUUCAUUAGAAAUUUCAUAAUGUUACGUCUUUUUAUUUUAUUUUAUGUUGCCUUUUAAUUACAAGAAGUAGAACGCCGUUGCAUCCAUCAGUGGUACCGCGUUCUUGAUUCUAUUUAUUUAAUAUAUCCGUAAUAGAAGUCUAAUACACAUUCAUAAUAUCAUAUCAUAGAUGUCCGUGACGAAUUUAUUGAAGACAUCCAUCAUGGAUAUAGUAAGAUCUCUAAUUGGAGAUCUGUUUGACUUCUACUAUGAAGAUAGACAUCCCUUGGAGCUAUAAAAGUUUAAUAGAUGUUUAAUGGAUGUCACGUUCUAUGUGGGUUUGAACGCCGUGUUUAAGAAUAUUCCUUAUAUACAUCGGCUUAAUGAACUACAAAAUUAAGCUUUAUUCCACGAUUACGAACUCUAAGUAAGUUUAUUCAACACGCAGUACGUUUUGUUACGACGCUAAGCUAAAGUCGCUCAAUACUCAAUACAUUAUUGGCGUAUAAGAACAUAUCCAAAUACCUGAAUCUCGUUUCAUUAUCUUCGCUAAGGAACGCGGCAAAACUUUUCCGCCAACAUUUGGCUACGCACAAACAAAUCAUUCUUCCAUAUCAAGAAGUUGGUGCAACGACAAUAAUUAACAAAUGUCGAUCGUAGUGCCUUUUAGGUGUGACUUUGUCGAAACUUUGCCGAGGUUUAACCUCAGCUCCCGAAGUGUUACGCCAACUUCGGUAAACAGAUUAUGCAGCGAGAGAGAAAGAGAGAGAUAGAUAGAGAGUUGCAUUAUACUUGCAGAAAAAUAGCUCGCGCAUUAUACAUACAUCUACAUGACUUUAGCGUGUGAUCGUCAAGGCGUACUGUGUCCGCGGAAAGCUUUUAAAAGCUCUCUCUAUUCGCUAAAAUAAACCGACAAAAAUCUUUAAGCAGCAAUUGAAUUAUGAAAAACUUUCUGAAAAACCACGCGCUAACGAACGGCUUUCCCUUCUCUUGCGUUGCAUUCAAUUCACAAGGUAAUUAGAGAAAUUUGAACAGUGGCAGUCUGAAGUGCUUAUACGAGUCCACUCACAUAAGAGAUACUCACUUUUCUUACAUUUGCUAGCAACUUUAUCUACCAUUAUUCAGAUUGCUCAUAACAAAUCCACGUAUCCAGAGAUACAGUUUUCAAGUACUGACCUUGCAAUUAAAAAUUAUUUUAAAUAAAAAUUAAUUACUUUCUCACAACUGUGGUAUCUACGAAAUAAUAUCUGUAAUUAAUCGAGCCUCCGUAGAAAUAGAAGAGACAACACUCGUGGGGCAGGAGGUCUAUCGAGGGGGACCUGGGGGCGGCAGCAGGGCGGUCAGGGACGUACUUUGUGGCAAAGACGUACAUUCAGUCACCACUCGAGAUCGCAAACUGCAAGUCAACCUAACUUUCGUCGCUUGUACAAAACGGACUGUUCGAUUUGAUGACAGGGAGACUUUUCUGGAUAUGGACUACCUCAAAGAGGAAAGUGGUUUCAAUACACACAAAUAUUUUAUUGGAUGUGUUGCAGCGUGUAAUGUGGACACCCUAAUCAAACACUGUUUUUGUUAAAUCAUUUAAAAUUUCUUAAAAUUUGUCAAAAAUUAAAAUAUCUUUUUUAAUAUCCCAAAUUCUGGAUGGUAGAAUUCCACAUCCACGGGAACUGUGUAGGUGUGAAAAGAUCCAUAUUCUUCUAGCCUAGUUCUCAAGAUUGUCCUCAAAUCGGAUAUUUCUGGGGCAGUUGCAUUCAUCGAUGUCAAAGUUCCUUCUCGAUGCCACAAAGAAAACCAGCGACGAUAGUCACUAGAAUCGCUUUUGAGACCUUGCGAAUCCUUCAAAGAGGCGAUUUGAGCCAAAUAUUUUAUCAAAAUACUAUAUGCGAUAUCUCCGACCUGUCGAAUCGGUCAAAUUGUACAUUGUUGUGUAAGUUAACGGUCAGGAUAGAUUCUCAAGCGUACCACGAUGGUAGCACGCGUUUACGAAGAGCUCGAAAUUGUUCUGUAUUUAUACCCAAAAGAUAUCCAAAAAUUUCAGCAUGUUCAAAAGAAGUUUCUAGCAAUACGUGAUAGAGAAUUCAUCCGAAUAGAAUCCGCGUUAGUGCACUGCAAUUCGGCAAUUGCAGUCAUCGAGUUUCCUCCGUAUGCGCGAUUGCUCGCGAAGAUAAAUGGCGGAGGUGAAUCUCCUGCGGAACACUGACAGGAGACUUGCUCUAAACAUGCGGAAUCGCCGCGAUUGAACACGGUUUCACGACAAAUAGAAUAAUGCUAUGUAGAGAUGUCACGAUUUCUCCUCGACGUGCGACAAGAUUCAUGAGAGACAUGUAAAAAAAUUUGUCUGCCGAUUCUUCUGCAAGCUAAUCUCUGAGCGUGCGUUUAUUUGCACAAUAAAACGCAACAACGGUAACAUCGAGAUAUGUUACUGUUGUUAUUUUUUUCCUUCGAGAAAAAGGGAGGAGAAUCGGCGAGUCUGGCCGCACGUCGAGAUCGCGAGAGAAUUGAUCAUUGUAGCGAAAUAAAAAUGGAUAAGCGAUAAUAAUUUAAUGAUAAUUUAGUAUUAUUAAUGUUAAAGCCGCUGGUUAAUCGGCGGCAAUCGCGACGUCUGUAUAUACAACGUUAAGCGUACGCAAAGAAGAUGCGUUGACCAUUCGUGCAUUUCACGUAUGUACCUACGAGUAAGUGCACGAAAGAACACACUGUUCUGCGUGUGUGUAUUAUACAGAGUUUGCGCGAAAAAAAGAAAUUGUUUUACAACGCGAGAGCAUGUAUCCAUCGCUAUUGCUCGAUCCGAUUUAAUGCUGAAACGCCCCUUUGUUACUUUUUUUUAACUUUCCAUGAUUUCCGAUCUGUCAAAUGAGAUUUAUUGCCAGCAUCAUUUUGUUGAAUAAACGAUAUAUCACUGCUUAUAAACUAUAGCGAGCAAUUGACAUCUAAUAUCAUUAAACAGAUCGAUUGUCUACCUGCGGGCAUUUUAGCACUAAACGAAGUUUGUUUACUGCAGCGAUCUUGAAAAGACAGAUUAGCUGUGAUACUUCAUACGGAUUGCCCGUGAUAUUCUUACGAAUUCUUAGAGUAGAAAUAUUAGUUGUUAUCGCAAUUAGGGAAACACGAAGUCUGCGAAUAUCGGAACAACGCGGAUUGUAAACUAAUGUGAAAAUGCAACAUUACGCAUUGUAACUGCGGGGAUAUACAAACACCAAUACAUACGGAUACAUUUACGUAGCACAGACUCUGUAUUAUACGUUAUCGCUCGGUAUUUAGACUACUUAGGGUAUACGUUCGUUAAGACGGUGUGUAAGUUGAAAUUUUUUUGUAUGAAAUGGCACAAAUAUUUUCUAUGGGGAAACGGGGGCGAGUUCGAUCGUAAAAUGUUGAGUUUCUAUUAUUUUUAUUGACCGGUUUGCACGUUAACGGAAUAGAUGGUCGUCGCGCUAGUUGAUUGCGCUUGGCUAUGGAAGGGAGAGAAGCUCGCGAAAAUAUAUUGUUAAAUAUAUGUACCUAUGAACAAUUCCUAUGCAAUAAUAUACGCUGAUAAUACUUUCUCAUGAGUAUAAAUGUGAGAAAGAAAAAGAGAUGGUAAAGGAAGAUAGCUUUAGUACCGUAUAUUCGUAAAUAAUAAUAUAUUACGUUUUCUGUUAUUUUCA